AAAUUGACUCGUUGAAAUCAGUUCGUGCAAUUUGCAUUUCAGUUGCGUUUCGAGCGCCCGACGGAACAGACGUCCAUGUGAAUAGGAAUGUGAAUCCAGCAACAAGCAACGCAGAAAGUAAGCGAAGAGAAUCACAGAGAGAGGCAGCACAGGCAAUAUAUAGAGAUGAGAAUCGUAUGCAUCAUAAUUAUAUUGGCAACCACCUGCUGCUUGCCACCCAUCAAGGCGUGCAGUCGUGUGCCACAGGGAGCCACCGCAGCGAAAUCGCCAGUGGAUGAGAAUUUCGUUGUGUCCGUGGCGGGCCAUGCUCAGAGCUAUGUGCCCGGACAGAAAUACAAUGUGACGCUGAGCGCCUAUUCGGGUCUGUCGUUUGUGAGCUUUAUGCUCGCCCUGGAACUGGAAACGGGCGAUAGUGAGAACGAUCCGAACGCUAUGGGCGCCUUUGAGAUUAGCGACUUGUCGGAGACGCGGUUCAGUCCGCGGUGUCCCAAUGUCGUGGAGAACACAAACACGAAUCUGAAAACACAUGUGGAGGUUGUUUGGGCAGCUCCAACCAUGGCGGGUCAGGGCUGUGUGCUGAUACGCGCGACAGUCAUGCAGCAUCGCGAUGUUUGGUUCAUGGAUGAUGGAUUGCUGACCAAACGCAUGUGCGAGGAGGAAGUGGACGACAUCAAUACACAGCCCAGCAUUGUGGAUCCCUGCUGUGCCUGCGACGAAGCCAAAUAUGAGCUAACUUUCGAGGGCAAAUGGUCGCGCCACACACAUCCCAAGGACUUUCCGGCCAACAGCUGGCGCACAAGAUUCAGCGACAUCAUCGGCGCCUCCCACACGAUCGACUAUCGCUUCUGGCAGUAUGGUGAGAUGGCUAGCGAAGGCCUGCGCGAAGUAGCCGAACAUGGUUCGACGCGCACUCUGGAGAGCGAGCUGAAGGAUCAGAGCGAGCACAUUCGAACAAUUAUAAAGGCGCGCGGCAUCGCCUAUCCAAAUGUGACGGGCAAAACGUUUGCUGUCUUCCGGGUCGACUCCAAUCAUCAUUUGAUUUCAUUGGUUUCCAUGGUUGAUCCAUCGCCCGAUUGGAUUGUGGGCGUGUCUGGACUAGAGCUAUGCUUAGCCAAUUGCUCGUGGGUGGAGAACAAGGUGCACAAUCUAUAUCCCUGGGAUGCGGGCACAGACAGCGGCCCCUCCUACAUGUCCGCCGAUCAGCCACAAGUGCCACCUGAUGUUGUGCGUCGCAUCAAAUCCAAUUUUCCCAAUGAUCCACGCUCUCCCUUCUAUGAUCCAACGGGCGCAGAAAUGAAGCCUUUGGCUACUUUGCACAUAAACAGGCGUCGACUCUACGAGAAGAAUUGCGAAACACCUGAUGCGGAGCAAUUGCCCUUGGAAUGCGGCACAACCGCCUGGACACGUUGGGACGAGUGCAGCACCAAAUGUGGUCCUGGAAAACAGUACAGAACGCGCGAGUUUAGGAAUCCAACGCUAGCCAUGCGACACAGAUGCAACAAUGCGCUGCGUGAGGAGAAGAAUUGCAUGGGCCGUAAGUGCGCCACGUUCAACGAGGAGGCGUCGGAGGGUGCGCAACCCGAGGCGGAGCAACCCGGCACAGAUCCCGAAUGCGGUCUGUCCGAGUGGAGCGAAUGGUCAUCAUGCACCGUGACCUGUGGCACAGGCGAGCUGGUACGCACUCGCCACUACCUCAACAGGCGGGCCAAGAAGAAGUGUCAGAAGGCGAGCAAGGCGCGUUUGCAGGAGACCAAAAUGUGUGAGGCUAUCGACUGUGGCGGCGACAUAGGCAACGAGGCGGCCGGCGAAGGUGAGCCGGAGGAAGCUAAAGCGGAAGGCGGUGGAGCUGAUGGCGAAGCGGGCUCUGCAGAGAAGCGUUCACUAUUUCGCAACUUUCAGAGCUUCAGUCAACGUAGCGAGGACUAUAUACCGCCCGUGUGUGGCGUCUCACCCUGGUCGGAUUUCUCGCCCUGCUUGGGUCCCUGUGGUGGCAGCGGUCAACGUCGUCGCAUGCGAAAAGUAUGGAACAACAAUGAAGUCUAUGGCGUACAUGAUCCCACAGAUGAUGGCACCGAUCCCUGUCGUCACAUCAAGCUCAUCGAAGAGGUCAACUGCACGAAUCCCAGUUGCGACACGAUUGUGCCCUCCUAUUGCUACGAUUCGCUACGCGUGAGCCACUGUCGGGACAGCGAUGUGGCCAACUUUUGGUACUACGAUCAUGUGAGUGAUCAGUGCGCCAUUUACUGGUCGGAUCGCUGUGAUACAAAUCAGAACAAAUUCAAGUCGAAGGAAGAGUGCGAUGAGACCUGUCGCCUGCCCCGACAUAAGCAGGAACUGCAGAUCGAACGCCUUAGUUCAGAGAAGCCGCAACCCGUGGAUUGCAUGGUCUCCGAGUGGAUAGCACACAGCUGCAAUGCCAGCUGCGGCGACGGCGUACAGUUGAGGACACGUCGAGUACUACGCACACCCAAAUACGGUGGCAAACAGUGUCCCAAGCACUUGGUGCGCAUGGAUCGCUGCUAUCAGCGCUGCGAUGACAUGUAUUCGGUGAGUGGAGCCUUUGGCGAACGACGACAUAUGCCCGCCAAGAUACAGACCCAGCUGGAGCCACGCGAUGAGUGCCGCUACUCCGAGUGGUCCGCCUGGACGCCCUGCACAGCGAGCUGCGGCGAAAACUCUGUCCGACAGCGGACACGCACUCUCCUCAACACUGACCUGAGCUACAAGUGCAAGGACAGGGUGCGCAUCGAGAAGUGCGUCAUGAUGCCGUGCAUGCUCAAUAGCAACGACGACAGCGACAAGUGGUGAACACCAAAAGCUGAAUAGCUCUGAAUACUCUAUACCAAAUUAAUUUAGCUACAAGUAUUAGCAGCUCCCAAGUUUGCAUGUCGCUACCAAACUAAAUAUG